CACCUGCAAAGUGCGUACUGACUUAAACUUUUACAAUGUCGUUUCCACCUGGGGCGCCCCCCUUUUUAGCGCCUACUCAUCCUUACAUGGUGGGUGUACGUACACCUGCCGUCAUUCCUCCCCCUCAAACAAUGGCUGUCAAUGCUGUACCUUAUAAUGUGGUCGUCAAUCCUGGUUUUGGGGUUAUGGGCCUUCCAACGUCCAUGCCGGUCGUUAUGCAACCCUAUCCCCCUUUUCCAGGUAGUGCGUUGACUGAUCUUAGUACGUCUACUACAACCGAAGAAGAAGCCGUUUUAGCCAAGUAUAGGAUGCCUCUACCGAUUUUUGUCGGUAACAUUUCUGAGUUAGUUGCAGAUAAUCUUGUGCUUCAAGUUCUGCAGAAAUGCGGUGAAAUUAACACGUGGAAGAGAGUCCGAGGAGACUCUGGCAAGUUGCAAGCGUUCGGCUUUUGCGAAUUUUCCAAUCCAGAGGGCGCUCUAAGGGCUAUGAAGAUCUUGGGGCAAGUUGAACUCGCCGACAAAGUUCUAAAAGUCUCCGCAAAUAACACCAACAAAACAACUUUAGAGGAAUACGAAAAGGCUAAAAGAGAAGCAAGAAUGAAGGCUCUUGAGUUGGAGGGGAAAACUGAAGAAGACUUACAAAAAAUGGAAGAGUUGGAAUUGAAGACGUUAAAGGAGUCCAUUCGAAAUUUGGUCAACGAGUAUAUUAACGCAGCUAAAGAGAGUGGCGCCUUAACUCUUCGCCAAAACUUACUCGCUAGUGAGUUUGACGGCGGCUUGGCAAGGAGUGAGAAAGAUCAAAAGUCUAAAAGCGACGAGGUCGAUUCUAUGCUGAGUUCGCUGAGAGCGAAAAGCAUGAAAGAAAAAGACGAUGAGGAGGGAAAAGCGACUGACUCGCGUAAGGAGGAAGAACCUGCAGACUUCGAUCCCGAGGCAGACGCGCAGGAAAGAAAACGUAAAGACUUGGAAUACACUUUUCGUGAAAAAGUGAAAAAGUUAGAAAAGCGGGAGAAGGAGAGGAUUAAAGAGCACGAAAGAAUACUGGAAAGAGAUAAAGAGAGGGAGGAACAGCUAGCCAGACGCGCUGAGAAGGAGUGGGAUUUCAUGCGGUACUACGACGAUGAUGAAAAGGACCACAAAUAUUACAGCGUUGCGCAGAUGGAGCGAAAGAGGCGUGAAAGGGAGCGCGAGAUCGAUUUGGACGAGCGAGAUAUAAUAGCAGAGCAAAGAGAACUGGAAGAGCGACAACGCCGACAGAAAGAGGCAACUGUACUCGAACAAAAUGCCAUCGAGAAGGAAGACCGGCAGUCCCCGAUCCCCGCGCCGUCCGAAUUUCCAGCGGAUCCGGCAGCGGUGAAGGCCCCCGUGAUUACAAUGACUAGGCCGUUCCCCUCAGCUUUAAGCCAGACAACCCUUGAGCACCUUAAAAAGGCUUCUGGUCCUGUGGACUCGCUGUUUGCCCCGGAAAACGAAGACGAGCCGCCUGUUCUGGAAAUGCGCUCGGGUGGCCAGUUCGGGGCGGACGGCGUUGUUAUGUUCAACGAGAAAGAGCUGCUGAAAAACGGGCUUACUCCCGAGCAGGUUGCCUCCGAAAGAAAAAGAAUAAUGAAAAAAAUCAUCGAUAGGAUUCCCGUGAAGCAGGAAGAGUUGUUUGAAGUCACGCUGGAUAGGAUUGGCAUGGACUUGAUCACCAGGAAGGUUCUUCCGUGGGUCAACUCAAAGAUAGUAAGUUACAUUGGCGAAGAGUCUCCCGCGCUGGCAGAGUUCAUAUGCGAGAAGGUUGCCGCAAGCACGCCGCCACAGAGCAUCCUUGCGGACAUUGAGCAGGUUCUUGACGAGGAUGCUUCGCUAUUUAUGAUUAAGCUUUGGAGAUAUCUUGUUUUUGAAAAUGAAGCGAUCAAGUACGGCGUUAACUGAUAUUCUAAACUAAAAACAUCCUCUGCAACGAUCAAGCAGUAAUAUAGUUCCUGGGGACUGACUUUGGGCAGUCAUAGUUUUAAUAAAAUAUAAAUUUUCUUUGAUUU